AUGGGUGGAGUUGGAGUGGAGUUGGAGCAGAAUUUUGAGAAACUGGGUGGAGUUGAAGUGGAGUUGAUGUCUAUUUGGAGUGGAGUUAGACUAUUACUACGAAAAUCGGUUAUGUCCCAAGAAAAAAUAACUUCAAAUCAAGCACUUCAAUGGUGUCAGACUUUUUUACGUGGUGCUUGGUCAACUAUAACAGUUGAACAAAUGCAUAUUGAUCGUGUUCCUGGUGCCCUGUCGAAUUAUAUAUACUGUUGUACACUACCUGAUAAUAUUCAAACAGAAAAUAAUGAACCUCGAAAAGUUUUAUUAAAAAUUUAUGGUGAAGCACAUGCUAAACAUCGUGGUACACUACUUAUCGAUAGUGUCGUAUGCGCACUACUAUCUGAAAGAAAAAUAGGUCCUUAUGUACAUGGUAUAUUUCCAGAAGGAAGAAUCGAAGACUUUAUUGAAGCUGAAUCCCUCAAUCCUUCUGAUCUUAAUAAUGAAGAUAUUUCACGAAAACUCGGAGGAUUACUUGGUGAACUUCAUCAAACUGACAUGCCAUUGGCUAAAGAGCCUGUAUGGCUCUCUCGAACAAUUGAACAAUAUUUAUUGGAUUUACCCACAUAUAUGAAUAAACUUCGCACUGAACACGAUCGAGAAAUAUUUAAAGAAAUUCAAUCCGUAUGCAAUUUUAAAGAAGAAUUUGAACAAUUAAAAAAUUUAUUAUCUACUAUAGAUAGUCCUGUUUGUUUUACUCAUAAUGAUUUUCAUGCAGGAAAUAUUCUUCGCUUAAAAUCUCAGCCUGAUAAUUAUACAGUAAUUGAUUUUGAAUAUUGUUCAUACAAUUAUCGUGGAUAUGAUAUUGGUAAUUACUUUUCCGAACUUAUGUUUGAUUAUAAAUCAGCUACAGAAUGGCCUUUCUUCAAAGUUGAUUUUACUCUUUAUCCAAAUGAAAAUCAACAAAUGAUUUUUAUUACAUCCUAUAUUGAUUCAUCUAUCCAAAGUCGAAAUAAAAAUAAUUCUUCUCCAAAUGCAAUGAUGAAUGGAUCGAAUAGUGAUGAGACAGACGGUUCCGAUCGAAAUGAAUUAGCACGACAAAUAAUGAAAGAAGCAAAUUAUUUUGCUUUAGCUUCACAUUUCUUUUGGACACUUUGGGCGCUUAAUAUGGCGGCAUCAACCACAAUUAAAUUUGGUUAUAUGGAAUUUGCUCGUGCUCGUUUAACUGCAUAUCAUUUACAACGUGACAUACUAACAGGUACUCAUGAUAAAGAAGAUAUUCAAAUACCACCUCAAAUUGGCGAAGAACUACUUCGAUCACCGAAAAAUCCAUUUUAUCAGUCAUAUAGUAAAACGAACAAUUAA